AUGAGGGUAAGUGUGGAGAUAAUAACGGGGACAUUUAUAAAUACGGAGGUGAGUGAGAAUGCGACGGUGAAGGAAUUAAAGGAGAAGAUUGCGAAGGAGGUGCAAUUAUCGGUGAGGCGUUUGAUACUUGUGGUCGGAAAUGAAGAGGAGAGGAGAAUGGUGAUGGAGGAUGAAGAUGAAACGAUGUUGAUAGAUUUAGGAGUAAGAGAAGAUUCUCAUAUGUAUUUGUUCUUUAAGCAUCCUGACUUUGGUUACAAGGAAGAGAGUUCUCAAGGAAAAAAAGAUGAUGCUUCUAUGGAGGAGACAGCAGAGAGUAAAAGAAGAAACGGAGAAGAAGAUGAAGAGGCAGAGGCGGAAACAGACUGUGAAGAUGAAGAUACAUCGAUGAAGAAUGGUGAAGAAUAUAAUGUCAAUGUAGAUGAUAGAUAA